UGAUUUUCUGGUUGAAGUAUAAGCCCAUCGAUAAUUCGCAAGUAGAACAUUUAGUUUUAAAAGCUGACAAAGUCGAUUGUUGUCCUAGAACCUUUUACCAACUCCACAAUUUAAGCAUUCAAAGACAGUAAAAUUCAUUCGAUUGGUGUUGCAAUUUAACUUCAAAUAAUACUUUAUAGACAAACACAAUGUUUUUCAAGUUCUCUCUUUCGUUUCUAAUUUGUACCAUAGCGGUUAGCUGUAUGCAUACAGGCCAACCUGAAGCAUCAGGUUCAGCUGUAUCUAAAGAGAAAACUGUAUUGACACCGGAGGAUUUAAGGCUUAUAGAUGAGGCGUUCACGAAUGCUAGAAAAUCGGUAAAAGUCGCACAAAAAAAUACAUCAAAUGGAUGUAUAGGAGCUGAUAAUUAUUACACGUACAUGAGUGACAACCAUGAUGAAUACGAUUUUAUAGCAUUAUACUUAGAGGACUAUUUGGAAGAAGCUGAAUCAGAACAAUUUUAUUGUAUAGAUUUACCAAAAUUUCGUUAUCUAUUUAAUAAGCAUUGUGAGCUAUUGGAAAAACCUGUUGCAGUAAUUGCUGAAGAAAGAAAAGCGGCAAUGGAAACAAAAGAAAAGGAAAAAGGGAAAGGAAAUAGAAAAACUGUGUAAACUCAAAACGUAUAGAUCCUAUUAAAUCUGGAGAUGAGCCAGACGGAGAUGUCAUGUCUGAAAAAUAAAUUAAUAUGUCUAAUAAUGUAAUAGUUUUUUUUUAAAUCUCUUAAAUUAUUAUUAAGUUUUUUUUUCAAAAUACAGUAUAUCAU